AUGGAGGCGGGCUGGAAGGUGGAGGGGUGGUGGGCGGGGGAGCGGGGAAAGAGAAGUAUGAUGGGGAAGGAGCAGUAUGAUGGGGAAGGAGCAGUACGAUGGGGAAGGAGCAGUAUGAUGGGGAAGGAGCAAUAUGAUGGGGAAGGAGCAGUACGAUGGGGAAGGAGCAGUAUGAUGGGGAAGGAGCAGUAUGAUGGGGAAGGAGCAGUACGAUGGGGAAGGAGCAGUAUGAUGAGGAAGGAGCAGUACGAUGGGGAAGGAGCACUCUGGGCGCUGCUGCCUCACCUGUCUGUCUGCUGUCUCACCUCUCUGUCUGCUGCCUCACCUGUCUGUCUGCUGCCUCACCUGUCUGUCUGCUGCCUCACCUGUCUGUCUGCUGUCUCACCUCUCUGUCUGCUGCCUCACCUGUCUGUCUGCUGCCUCACCUGUCUGUCUGCUGCCUCACCUCUCUGUCUGCUGCCUCACCUGUCUGUCUGCUGCCUCACCUGUCUGUCUGCUGUCUCACCUGUCUGUCUGCUGCCUCACCUGUCUGUCUGCUGUCUCACCUCUCUGUCUGCUGCCUCACCUGUCUGUCUGCUGCCUCACCUGUCUGUCUGCUGUCUCACCUCUCUGUCUGCUGCCUCACCUGUCUGUCUGCUGCCUCACCUGUCUGUCUGCUGUCUCACCUGUCUGUCUGCUGCCUCACCUGUCUGUCUGCUGUCUCACCUGUCUGUCUGCUGUCUCACCUCUCUGUCUGCUGCCUCACCUGUCUGUCUGCUGCCUCACCUGUCUGUCUGCUGUCUCACCUGUCUGUCUGCUGUCUCACCUCUCUGUCUGCUGCCUCACCUGUCUGUCUGCUGCCUCACCUGUCUGUCUGCUGCCUCACCUGUCUGUCUGCUGUCUCACCUCUCUGUCUGCUGCCUCACCUGUCUGUCUGCUGCCUCACCUGUCUGUCUGCUGCCUCACCUGUCUGUCUGCUGUCUCACCUCUCUGUCUGCUGCCUCACCUGUCUGUCUGCUGUCUCACCUCUCUGUCUGCUGCCUCACCUGUCUGUCUGCUGCCUCACCUGUCUGUCUGCUGUCUCACCUCUCUGUCUGCUGCCUCACCUGUCUGUCUGCUGCCUCACCUGUCUGUCUGCUGUCUCACCUCUCUGUCUGCUGCCUCACCUGUCUGUCUGCUGCCUCACCUGUCUGUCUGCUGUCUCACCUCUCUGUCUGCUGCCUCACCUGUCUGUCUGCUGCCUCACCUCUCUGUCUGCUGCCUCACCUGUCUGUCUGCUGCCUCACCUGUCUGUCUGCUGUCUCACCUCUCUGUCUGCUGCCUCACCUGUCUGUCUGCUGCCUCACCUGUCUGUCUGCUGCCUCACCUCUCUGUCUGCUGCCUCACCUGUCUGUCUGCUGCCUCACCUGUCUGUCUGCUGUCUCACCUCUCUGUCUGCUGCCUCACCUGUCUGUCUGCUGCCUCACCUGUCUGUCUGCUGCCUCACCUGUCUGUCUGCUGCCUCACCUGUCUGUCUGCUGUCUCACCUCUCUGUCUGCUGCCUCACCUGUCUGUCUGCUGCCUCACCUGUCUGUCUGCUGUCUCACCUCUCUGUCUGCUGCCUCACCUGUCUGUCUGCUGCCUCACCUGUCUGUCUGCUGCCUCACCUCUCUGUCUGCUGCCUCACCUGUCUGUCUGCUGCCUCACCUGUCUGUCUGCUGUCUCACCUGUCUGUCUGCUGCCUCACCUGUCUGUCUGCUGCCUCACCUGUCUGUCUGCUGCCUCACCUGUCUGUCUGCUGUCUCACCUGUCUGUCUGCUGCCUCACCUGUCUGUCUGCUGUCUCACCUCUCUGUCUGCUGCCUCACCUGUCUGUCUGCUGCCUCACCUGUCUGUCUGCUGCCUCACCUGUCUGUCUGCUGUCUCACCUGUCUGUCUGCUGCCUCACCUGUCUGUCUGCUGUCUCACCUGUCUGUCUGCUGUCUCACCUCUCUGUCUGCUGCCUCACCUGUCUGUCUGCUGCCUCACCUGUCUGUCUGCUGUCUCACCUGUCUGUCUGCUGUCUCACCUCUCUGUCUGCUGCCUCACCUGUCUGUCUGCUGCCUCACCUGUCUGUCUGCUGUCUCACCUCUCUGUCUGCUGCCUCACCUGUCUGUCUGCUGCCUCACCUGUCUGUCUGCUGCCUCACCUGUCUGUCUGCUGUCUCACCUGUCUGUCUGCUGCCUCACCUGUCUGUCUGCUGUCUCACCUGUCUGUCUGCUGCCUCACCUGUCUGUCUGCUGCCUCACCUGUCUGUCUGCUGCCUCACCUGUCUGUCUGCUGCCUCACCUGUCUGUCUGCUGUCUCACCUGUCUGUCUGCUGUCUCACCUCUCUGUCUGCUGCCUCACCUGUCUGUCUGCUGCCUCACCUGUCUGUCUGCUGCCUCACCUGUCUGUCUGCUGUCUCACCUGUCUGUCUGCUGUCUCACCUCUCUGUCUGCUGCCUCACCUGUCUGUCUGCUGCCUCACCUGUCUGUCUGCUGCCUCACCUGUCUGUCUGCUGUCUCACCUGUCUGUCUGCUGCCUCACCUGUCUGUCUGCUGCCUCACCUGUCUGUCUGCUGUCUCACCUGUCUGUCUGCUGUCUCACCUCUCUGUCUGCUGCCUCACCUGUCUGUCUGCUGCCUCACCUCUCUGUCUGCUGCCUCACCUGUCUGUCUGCUGCCUCACCUGUCUGUCUGCUGUCUCACCUGUCUGUCUGCUGCCUCACCUGUCUGUCUGCUGCCUCACCUGUCUGUCUGCUGCCUCACCUGUCUGUCUGCUGUCUCACCUGUCUGUCUGCUGCCUCACCUGUCUGUCUGCUGCCUCACCUGUCUGUCUGCUGCCUCACCUGUCUGUCUGCUGCCUCACCUGUCUGUCUGCUGUCUCACCUGUCUGUCUGCUGCCUCACCUGUCUGUCUGCUGCCUCACCUGUCUGUCUGCUGUCUCACCUGUCUGUCUGCUGUCUCACCUCUCUGUCUGCUGCCUCACCUGUCUGUCUGCUGCCUCACCUCUCUGUCUGCUGCCUCACCUGUCUGUCUGCUGCCUCACCUGUCUGUCUGCUGCCUCACCUCUCUGUCUGCUGCCUCACCUCUCUGUCUGCUGUCUCACCUGUCUGUCUGCUGCCUCACCUGUCUGUCUGCUGCCUCACCUGUCUGUCUGCUGCCUCACCUGUCUGUCUGCUGCCUCACCUGUCUGUCUGCUGCCUCACCUGUCUGUCUGCUGCCUCACCUGUCUGUCUGCUGCCUCACCUGCCGCACGCACUCCUGGUCAGAGAGGCGGGGGUUGUGGGUGAUGGCGUGCAGCUGCGGCCUGAGCAGCGUGUACGUCUCUGA